AUGGCGCCUAAGAAGAAGGCACAGCAAGGUGCAUCUGCCAGGCUGGCGACAUCAUCUGAACCAGUGAGACAGCCUCCCAACUGGCCUGCCUUCACUCCUCUCGUACCAGAAGAGGACCUUGCCCUGCAGGAAGUGCUUCCGAAGCAGAUCGUCACUAUUCCCAACUUCUUCACAGCGUCGCUAUGCAAGACGUACGUCUCCUUCCUGUCAUCGUUACCACUGACGACAACGCCCGGAAAGCCCAAGAAGGGUGAUGCGGUGCGAGUGAACGACCGCUAUCAAAUUGACGACUCCGCAUUCGCUGAACGAUUGUGGAACCAGACCGGACUAAGGAAGUUGGUCAGUGAUGAUGCUGAGGAAGGGGCGCUCGGUCUUAGUGCAGAACAGCGGAAGGAGCUGUGGGGCGGCGAGGUCGUCGGGUUAAACCCAAACAUUCGCAUAUAUCGCUACUCCAAGGGCCAGUUCUUCGACCAGCACUAUGACGAUUCCAAUAAUGUAACCCUUCAGCCCUCCGGUUCGCCGCUGGUGCCAACGCGCACCACCUGGACCUUAUUGAUAUACCUGACCUCUCCAGCCACGGGCUGUAUCGGCGGAGAGACGGUGUUUUAUCCAGACCCGCCUAAAAAGAAGAGUAGGGAUCCACCACCUGAGCCUUUCGUUGUCCAUCUCGAAGUUGGCCUUGCGUUGCUGCAUCGACAUGGCGCAGAUUGCAUGCUGCACGAAGGGCGUGAGGUCACCAGCGGUGAGAAAUGGGUCAUCAGGAGCGACUUGUGUGUCAAGCGCUGA